AUGUUAUCAGUACAAAAAUCCAAACCAUUAAUAUCACAGUCUACAAUUAAAUUUGUGGUCAGAUUUUUAUGGAACUCCAAGAAUGGUGUCUCUAAGAAUAUACCACCUCGUCAACAACAGUCGGAAAACAUUGCUUUAGCAGAUGCGUUAAAUUUAUUGGUAAAAUCAACAGAAGAAGUGAAACGUCCCUCUUUAUACGACUCAUUAACUCAAGGUCCAGUAGAAGAGCAGUUGAAUAGUGUCAAAGUGAAAAUUUCAGAAACGCAAACACACGUGUCUGAUCAGCUCAUUGCUAAUAUUUUACAAGGUAUUAAAUCAUCAAAUAUUGAUUCAUUACAAGAAAAAAUCAACUAUUCACAACUAUAUGAAAUGAAUUCCCGUGAUUUGAGUUCAUAUAUUGCUGGAAUAACUUCAGAGCAGACUUUGUUUGAAAUUUUGGAAACAUUCUAUAACCAUAAGAAACUAAAUAUUCGUGUAUUGACUAACGUGUUAUUGAAUAAGAACCUCAAACAUUUGGAGAAGUCACCAAUUAGCCAUUUGCAACUAAGGGAAUAUACCGAGUUUAAUAGUUUGGAUAUUACCAAGCUCGAGAUAAUUUUAUUAAAGAAAUAUCAUGAUUUGAAACAACCUUUGAACGUUAUAAGGUUAUUGAAACAGAAUUUGGAUUCAAAAUAUGUUCCUUUGAUUAAAUCACAAGAGUUGCCACCAUUCUAUGAACGUAUUAUAUGGAGAUUUGUGUUUGAAUAUUUGAAACAGUACAAAGAGUUGCAUUACAUUGAACAAUUGAACAACAUAAAGUCAAGUUUUAUCAUCUGGGAAGCUAGCACGAAGAACAGUAACUUGGUGGCUAGGGACAUUCUUGCAUUCCACAAGGAUUUGAAUGAAUUACAGAAACACUUUUUAAAAAUUGCUAGUGCUGAUAACUUGUCACAUAUUCAAUUAAGACGACUCAAGAGAAUGUCAAUCAAAUAUAAGAUUUCUCGCUUAGACCCAGUUGAUACUGCACUUUAUGAAGGUUUGAAUGAUGUUUUGGAGAGUGAGUUUAAUCCCUUGCAGUCGACAGAACAGUUGCAGGCCGACGAAGAGUCAGUACGUAAAGUGUAUGUAUAG